GAAAAAAAAGAAAAAUGGAAACGUCUGUUCUAGAGGUGGAGUGCGAAGUGUCCAGCCAAGUGGAGUACUCGUUGCAGGCGAUCUGGGGUGUUAGUAUCAGGGAGCUGCAUCUGGCGCUGUGGAAGCCUUGGAGCACGCUGCGCGACGCGUCCCUGAACGGAACCCUUCUGCAAGGUUACGCGCAACAUCUUACACCACCUCAAACUAGACAGCCCCACGGAGAGGAGACGCUGAGACUGUCGCUCCCGGCGCCGGAAUUGGAGCUCGGCACUCCGCCGCGGCUCUGCUACCCCUUAGUGAUCUUCCUCACACGGAGAGACAACAGGGACCCGCAUCCUGACGAGACCGUGGCGUUGGUGAACGUUGUUCACAUCAAGGACAGCGUGUGCACGUUGCCGACUUCGAUUUUGGCACAGUACUUGAAGCAGGCGAACGGUCAGUUGUCCUGCCUAAAGCAACUGUAUCUGGCGACGGGCAACUCCAGCAACUACGACGAGAGCGACGUGUCGUCCGGGCUGGGCCCAACGCCGGCGUUGGCGCUCGCCGAGCCGUGCAACAACAACAACAACGCCGGCAGCGGAGGCGGCGCCGGUCGCGGCGCCCUGGUGGCGUCCGGUCAAGGCGGCGACCAGGACGGUGGUUCUCUUUGGAAUAGCGCUGGCGAGCAGCUGUGCGUGGUCUGCCAGUACUUCCCGUUGUCACGCGCCCUCCUGCCAUGCAGGCACACUUGCAUCUGCGCCUCGUGCUUCGGCAAGCUCGACCGCUGCCCGAUGUGUCGCAGUCCUAUCAAGAGCUAUUUCUGCAUACGCAGCGAGGAGUAUAUGCCGCCAGAGAAGGAGAUCAACCCGUGUAAGCAGCGUCAACCAAGCCACGGGCCGACUCAUUGGCUACACGACUGGAAUGACAGACUCACCGAUUUCCUGGGCUUCGCCCGAUAGGACGACGAAGCGCGCCGCCAAGCGUCCUCGGCGUUUUCCUAAUCGCCUCCGUGGAAAAUGCCGCCCUCGAGCGAGUGAGCGAGAGAGAGAGAGAGAGAGAGAGAGACGCUAGUGGCACAUGGAAAAAUGUAAACAAUAAGGAAACUGGCCAAAGUUGAUUAUCUUCCUUACGGUCGGAGAAUAAUCGGCUGUGAUUGGUCAAUUUGCUUACCGCUUACGUAUUACCGCUUACGUUUUUUUAUGCGCCACUAGCCAGAAUCCGGCCGUUUGUUGCGCUACCGAUCGGAUCAAGAGGCGGGAUCGAUCUUGAGGGAGAGAGGGUGUGUGUGUGUGUGUGUGUGUGUGUGUGUGUGUGUGUGUCACGAAAACGUUAUAAGUGAAUAUAUAUUUUUUGAUUGUGAAGGAUUCCUCCUCGACGUAUUUCAACGUUUCUUCCCGCGUAACCGGAAGUCACGAGAAGCGUCAUAUAACAGUGAACUCCGCGAUAGUUGCCGUUAAAAACUGCGUUGUCGUACUCGAUCCAACGUCCAACACAGCGGCCGGGUCGUUGUCGUCCGAUAGGAUGGUCUCUCCUCCUCCACUGUAUACUAAGAAUCCAGAAUUUUGUUUUCUAGGCGCUCCAGCUAAUGACAUUUUUGUCCCUAGAGAACGAACCGCUCCUACUGGAAAUCCACCGUUAGUAUCGUUACGGUCGAGACACGCCGUUUUAUCGAAUAGGUAAUCUCCGUGAAUUCGUUUGCGCACAGCGACUCAACGAAAGGGGGGAGGGGGGAGGAUAAGAAAUAGUCGUUGCAACAGACAGUGCCGAGCGCACUAAAAUGUAUUAUUUACCAGGUAUUAGCCGAACAACUUUUCUUUCGACUUUUUGUUAGAACGCGUAAAGACCAGUUUUGCGCGCGUGGAGUUGGCUAAGGGAAAAGAAAAAAAACCGGCGUCCCUAUUUGUUCAGUUUUCAACACGGGUUCUGAAAUCUGCACGAGAGUUUCAAAAUCUGGCGAGUAACCGGCCAUAAAAUUUGUCUUUUGAGUCACUGAAACAUCGUCGAUUAAUCAACGUGGUUGAUGCAUGUGGCAAACGUGUCGCUUUUGAAAGGUUUACAGAUUCUUGCGCCACCGUUGAAUCCUUGAGUCUGACAGAUACGAUUUUGUCACCGUAGGAAAAAAAGAGAGAGAGAGAGGGAGAGACGAUUGAUACGUCACUGACGGGUCUUUCUUCCCACGCCGAGUAUUUAAUCUGUUUGAAAACAAGGGUAUUAUAUCGAUAUUUCAGCGAUUAUCGCUGUCCCCGCUCCCGCGACUCAUUUAUCGUUAACAAUGAAUCCGCGAAAUUUACCUGCGGAACACGGAGUGCGCCUUGACCAUUUCGACGCAGAUUAUAUCUCGACUUAUCGUUUGUUUAUGGA